AUGUUGUUGGAGUACUUGCCUGCCGGUAUUUGCCAACAAGCGGCAGAGAAUCGCUCCGGUGCCCAACAAGCAAUAUCAAUGAAUAACACUGUCUCCCACGUGGCGUCCAUUUCAACUGGUGACAGUGACACAGGGCCCGGGAACACUGUAACCCUGGGCCCUCAGUUGUCCGGUUGCAUUGGAUGGUCAAGGAUCAGCAACCGUAGUGUUAGUCUCAAGGUUGACAAGGUUACAGGCUGUUGGGGGCGGAGGGCCAUCCGUCCUCCUCAUCAUGACUGCCUGUUGAAAAGGCAGGUCAAAAAGUGUAAAUGGCCACAGCAUCAUCCCUCUGAGCCUUUCAAACUCCCCACAACAACCGUCCCACUAAUUCCUGGGCUCGAGUCAGCAGAAGAACAAAUCCAGCACCAGAAGACAUGCUCUGCUAGCCCGUCGAAAGCACCUUUGAAGCCUUGGCAUUUGCGUUUUACCUGUAGACUUGGCCAAAUUCUGAAUGGGCUUCUGGAGCUCAAGCUCCGCAGCAAGACAGCGGAUUAUACCGUAAAAGCCACUCUGACAUUGACAAGGGUGUUGUUCACUGUUGCAAUGCCAUCGAGACCACAAUCACAGACAGGUAACAUCCGGAGCAGCAGACUCACCAGACUCCUUGAAAUCGAGCCCCAUGUACUAAUCGUGACGCCGAGCUACUGGCGUGACUCGACCCAUUUUCGAGCAAGGAAAAGAAGGGGACUGAAACGACAGAGCCGCCACGUCCGUUUACGAUGGAUGUUGGUUGACUAUGUUGUUGUCGUCGUCGUCGUUGUCGGCAUUUGUUCUCGUCCCGCAAACCCGUUCUUGGUCCAAGAUGCCUGCGAUGGCCGAGGCUGGCUGACGGAAGUGGUGGCACGGACGAGAACGCCAUGA